GGCGGCGGCGGCUGCGCGGGCCUGGGCUGCGCGGGCACGCGGGGCGCCGGCUGUCAAUCACGCGCAGGCUGAGCUCCACGAGGCGGAGCGGCGGUGACGGCGGCGGCGGCGGCGGCGGCAGCGAUGGGACCCCAGCGAGAGAUCUGCGGCUAGGCUAGCUGCACUUGCUCCACGGGUCAGGGGAUCGGAGGGGGAUUGAAAAAUGUGCCAUUAAAAAGAAAGGUCAAAGAAUAAACAAGAAGAAGAAGAAGAGGACUUCAAAGGCGGGAAGGAUGAGUUCUUGCAGUAACGUCUGUGGGUCCAAGCAGGCACAGGCUGCAGCCGAGGGCGGGUACCAGCGCUAUGGAGUCCGGUCCUACCUACACCAGUUUUAUGAGGACUGUACUGCCUCAAUCUGGGAGUAUGAGGAUGAUUUCCAGAUCCAGAGAUCACCUAACAGGUGGAGCUCAGUAUUCUGGAAGGUCGGACUCAUCUCAGGUACAGUCUUCGUGAUUCUCGGAUUGACUGUUCUGGCGGUGGGCUUUCUUGUGCCCCCCAAAAUCGAAGCGUUUGGCGAAGCUGACUUCGUGGUGGUCGACACGCAUGCCAUCCAGUUUAACGGUGCCCUCGACAUGUACAAGCUGGCAGGAGCUAUUCUCUUCUGCAUCGGGGGCACGUCCAUGGCAGGGUGCCUGCUGAUGUCCGUGUUUGCAAAAAGCUACUCCAAAGAAGAAAAGUUCCUUCAGCAAAAGUUUAAAGAGCGAAUUGCAGACAUCAAGGCCCACCCUCAGCCAGUUACAAAAGCUCCAGGCCCAGGGGAAACAAAGAUUCCAGUCACUUUGUCCAGAGUUCAAAACGUCCAGCCUCUAUCAGCAACCUGAAAUGUUCCCCACCCCAGUCCUUCCUGUCUGAUUGAUGCACAUGGUUAAAAGGAGCAGGCCAGUUUUUGAGGUGACAGGGAUUUGGUGUUGACUGCCCCAGGGCCGCGUUCGGCUGUGGGCAGCAGAAUGGGUGAACUCGCGCUGGCUCAGUUCAGGUGGCUCUGGUGAAGGUCGAUGCCAUGUGUCAACCUAUGCACAUGCAUCUAGCUGCUUACAAAGGGUGUUUCUGUGUGCCCACCAGGAGGCCUCCGCAACACCUCUUUCACGUAUCAUGACUGUGUGUUAUUUCCCGUGUUAUUUGAAAGUGCUGAACAGUUUAGGCCAGUCCACCAGUGGCUAACGUGGACCGUUUUAUUUUCUAAUAUUGAUUUUUCUAAUCUUUCCUGCGUGGUGCUGUCUUCCAUGCCUGUCUCAUGAUGUGUAAGAUAUCGUCAUGUGUGUUCACAGAAACAUGGAAUUAUCUGAUUUUAACCCAAACAUUAGUCUUUGAACUGUACCUUGACGUGAGGUUCCUGAGCUUGGAUACAAAGUUAUCAGCAUUCGCCACAAAUCUUUUUGCUUUCCCCAGAUUUUUUUU